CGUCAACUUCCGGGAGCGGUGCUCCGCUCUGUGCGGCCCGUGCGGCGCCUGGGCUGGCGCAGGAGGGUUCCGCCCUGGCUGCGCGGCCGGGAGGGAGGGGCUGGAGAUCCCUCCCGGGCCGGGGACCGCGGAAGGCGCCUCGCUGGGCCCCCGAGCCUGUUCUGCGCCGCGCCGAACCCGACGGCGCCAUCUUCCCUCCCUCUUCCCAUCCCUUCAUCCCUCCCCGUUUGGCCCUUUGUCUUCCGGGGCGGCGCCUUCUUCGCCGAGGGGGGCCUUGACACCGCCGUGGCUCUGGGGCGCCCCUUCGGGGGGGAGCCAUGUCCCGGAGGAAACAGACCACCCCCAACAAAGUGCCCUGGGAGCAGGUCUUUGCCGGCCUGGAGGAGCACACCUGGCAGGCGGUGAUGAUGAAGCGCGACCUGAGGGGGCUCCUCCUCCGGGGCCAAGCGCCCCCCGCCCCGCCCCUCACCGGACCCCAGAGGGACCCCAGCAGCGCCAGCAGCGGCACCGCGAGUGGAAGUGACAGUGAAGAGGAGGAGGAGGAGACCCCACAGGAGGAGGAAGAGGAGGAGGAAGAAUCCCACCAGGAAGACGCAGCCGGCCCCACGGAGGCCAUGAAGAGGGAGUUGCCGUCCGCGGAGCAGCUGGGGCUCCACAAGCAGGUGGGCUUCGGCACCAGCCAGGACUCACUGCUGAGCAUCUCCCGGUGCCCCCUUUGCCAGAUGGAGUGCGGAAGCCGGGAGCAGCUAGUCAGCCACGUCUAUCAGCAUACAGCGGCCGCAGUGAGUGCCAAGAGUUACCUCUGCCCUGUCUGUGGCCGGGCACUGAGCUCCCCGGGCUCCUUGGGCCGGCACCUCCUCAUCCACUCUGAAGACCAGCUCUCCAACUGUGCAGUCUGUGGGGCCCGCUUCACCAGCCACGCCACCUUCAACAGUGAGAAGGUGCCAGAAGUGCUGUGUGGAGAUGCCCUGCCCAUCCCACUUCCCGAGGGCUCCUCCGAGGCCCAGGAGAAGGCCCCUACCGGAGAUCCUGCUGCCCCAGGCCCAGCGGUCUUCCCCGCAGGCCUCCUCCUGGUCUGCAACAGCUGUGUGGCCUACCGGAAGCUGCUGGAGGCCCAGUCCCCCGGAGUGCGCAAGUGGGCCGUGCGGCGGCAGAAUGAGCCCAUGGAGGCCCGGCUGCAGCGCCUGGAGCGGGAGCGGACAGCCAAGAAGAGCCGGCGGGACAGCGAGACACCCGAGGAACGGGAGGUGCGACGCAUGCGGGACCGGGAGGCCAAGCGGAUGCAGCGUCUGCAGGAGACAGACGAACAGCGAGCGCGCCGGCUGCAGCGGGACCGUGAAGCCAUGCGCCUCAAGCGCGCCAACGAGACCCCCGAGAAGCGGCAGGCCCGGCUCAUCCGGGAGCGCGAGGCCAAGCGGCUGAAGCGGCGACUGGAGAAGAUGGACAUGAUGCUGCGGGCUCAGUUUGGCCAGGACCCCUCAGCCAUGGCUGCUCUGGCCGCAGAGAUGAACUUCUUCCCACUUCCCGUGGGCGGCAUGGAGCUGGAUGGCCAACUCCUGGGCAAGAUGGCCUUCGAAGAGCCAAGCGCCAGCGCUCUGCACUAAAACCCUCCAAAAGCCCCGGACCGUUGCAGGGGGCCCUUUACAUUGGAGCUGCAACCUUUUGUUGAGGAGGGAGGGCGCUGGGGUGGGAGGGGCACUGCGGCCUGUGAAUUGGGAGCAGACCACAGCCCAGGUGGGACUGGGGUUGCAGCCGAGAUAAUAAAUUAAUUAUACUUGCUCUGGUCAA